AUGACAUGGGUUGAUUCUCAAAUCAAAUGGACAAUAUGCCACAGUGAUAUUAUAUUUUUUGAACAUCCUGAGAAUCUUUGUAAAAUCAAUUCCUAAAAUUAGAUUUCUUUAACAACUUAUCCAUCUUUUGAUUUAUGA